AAGAUGGCGUAUCGAACGUCCACUGUACGGCGGUCUCCUGUUGUCUCUCCAGUGUAGAAGAGUGUUAUACAGUGCAAGUGCUGUCUGUCUUUGGUCCCCCUUGACAUCAAAGAAAAAAGGGACAAAUCCUGAGUGAAUGUGUCGUUUUUAUUCGCCAAUUAUCUUCUGAAAAGUGACUGAAAUCGUGUCCGUGGAUUGUGCAACGUUUUCGCGGAACCCGCCGGGACCGUUUCGGACAGUUGGUACGAGUGACCGUGCGUGUUUUAAGUGUGAAAAGUGGACCAGAACCUGAAGUGGAAUUUCGAUCCCGAUCCCGAGCUGGCCGAACGGUACGACGACAGGAGCAGCGGGGCAUGAAGAAGAAUGCAGAUUGCAGGUAGUUGAACGAACCAGGUGGAAUCGGAAACUUGUGCAAAAAAUAAAAAAAGUGAAACCUAGUGGUGUAUUAUGGAUUUCUGAUGAAGUGACAGAAAAGUGAUGUGUUGAGCACAGUGCACUGGAUUCGUGCCUGUUUCGGCGAUGAAAUAUCGGUUAGAGGUUUCUUUUCUGCAUUCGGUGUCGCGAAGUGUGCUGGGAUUGAACUGGUAGUUUAGUUUUGCACUUGGUUUUGAAUUGUCUUUUUUGUAUUAGAAAAGUAAUUACUUUCGAAUUUGUCUACCAACUCGGUUGAUGUGCGCGGUUGUGUCAGCCAUAAGUUAGUUAGAUAGUUCGAAGGUUUCGAGAGCCCGAUAGAGUAAAGUUGGAGGGAAAAAAACCCGGUUUAAGGUUUGCCAUACUGAAGCAUGCUGUGGAUUUCGGGUCUGCACUACCAGGUGGAAAAUUGCACUCCAUAGAAGAAGAAGAAGAAGGAGUACGACAAAAAAAACCCGCUGUCGACAUCGUGUCGGAGUUGUGCCGUUUGAAUCGGAUUCGCGCGCGGCCGCAGUAGCAAAGUGGAAGAGUGGAAAAAAAAUAUUCAAAAUUUAUGUUAAAAUUGUGAAGGUAUAAUUGAUAGGGAGGAGGAGGUCGUGUCAGAGAAGAAGAGGUUAAUUUUUUCUUUCUACUGUUUUUAGUUUUGUUUUGUUUUCGAGGGGUGCUCCGUUUUUAAUGCACUGUGUGAAAUAGUUAUUAAUUGUAUCCACCAGCGAUUCUGCUUUUUUCUUUUGUGUGUGCGGCGGGCGCAAUGGAAGAGAAAUAAAAGUGAGAAGAAAAAAAGACGAAACGAAUUAAUCUGCCGGUCGGUGGUAGCAACAAGCAUGGAAACAGUUGCCUCGGUCAGUAGCCAAAAGUUCCCAACCGGUGAUCAUGGAAUCGAUUCAAAGUUGUUCGCUGACGGUGGGCGAUUGCUGAAACAACAACAGCAACGCCGGCAACAAAAACAACAACAACAGCAACAGCUACAACAAAGCUAAUGAGCUCGGUCGGAUUCCUCUCGUUUCCGAAAUCGAGCAUCGUGCGCGCGCUCGCGUGUGUGUUUGUGUCUGUGUGAAUAUCCGUAUAGAGUAGUAGUCAAGUCAUGCCAUCAUGUCCGCUUCGUCAACGCGACUGCCACUGAAGAAGCGCAAGAAGAAGCCUCCAGUGAAUGAAGAGAAGAAUAAAAAUAAAAUUAAAAAUUAAGAUAAUAUAAACGAUCAUCAUCAGCGGGCGCGUUCCGUUCUAAUACCGGCGAAACAAAAUUCGAAUUCGAAUACAGAAAAAAAAACGAAUCAGGAUCAAGAAUCUCAACAGUCUCAACGUCACGACCGACCGAAGAAGUGAUCCACAACAAAAAAAAAGUAGUAGGGAAGAAACGAAGAACAAGUGAAAGAACUUGCCUUGGAAAACUGCCGAAGUAGGGGGGAAAAAAAACAUACACAAUCAACUAUUUCGAGAAGAUCUCCGGUCUCCGGCGGAACGAUCUGCCUUGUAGUAUUGCAGAGUCGUCGUCGUCGUCGUCGGCGUUGUCUUCGUCAUUACCGUCAUCAUUUUUCAUUUGGGGAAGCUUCCUCCGCUCCCAUUACUCUUACCGGUGGCUGGCUGGCUGACGGUGGCCUCUAAUCUCUCCGAGCAAAGUCGUAGAACACGGGAAAAUCUCAGCCGCCUCAGUCGAUAAUAUGGAUAAAUUUCUACCGCUGCUCCUCGUGCUGUUCUACAUUUUCAACCACAAACUGGAUGGCGUUGCCGGCGAUCAAGUUGUUCUACUGGAUACGACCAAGGAAGCGACGCUGGAAUGGACACGAUAUCCGUACGGACCGCAGGCACAGACACCCGGCUGGGUCGAAGAGUCGUUCACGAACUUUGUGAAGGGCAUCAACUGGCGCAGCUACGUGGUGUGCGAUGUGGCCUACAACAACGUCAACAACUGGCUGUGGUCUCCGUUCAUCGACCGGGGCCCCGCCAAUCGGCUGUACAUCGAAAUCCAUUUCACCAUCCGGGACUGUUCGCUGUUUCCGGGCAAUGCACUGUCGUGCAAGGAAACGUUUAGCUUGCUGUUCUACGAGUUUGAUGCGGCCACACGGGAACCGCCACCCUGGCAGCCGGAAAGUUACAAACUGAUUGGACGGAUUGCGGCCGGCGAGGGUCGGUUUAAUCAGAACUCCGACGUCGAUAUCAACGUGGAGGUGAAAAGCAUUGCCGUCACCAAGAAGGGGGUGUACUUUGCCUUCCGGGAUCAGGGUGCCUGCAUCAGUGUACUGGCCGUGAAGGUGUACUACAUAACGUGUCCGGCGGUGACGGUGAAUUUUGCUCAUUUCAAUGAAACCCCGACCGGACGGGAGAUCACCAUAAUUGAACAGCAGACGGGGGUGUGCGUGGAGAAUGCGGAGGCUUACGAAACACCGACGUACCUGUGCAAGGGUGAUGGCAAGUGGACAAUCCUGAGCGGAGGUUGCCGCUGUAAGGUCGGUUACGAGCCGGAUCAUGAAAAGCAAACCUGCAACGUCUGUCCGGUUGGGAAGUUCCGCUCGGCCGAGGUGGAAGCAUGUACCAUUUGUCCGAUGAACUCGAAAACCAACAAAAUCGGUUCUCCGUUCUGUCCUUGUUUGAGUGGCCACUAUCGGCAUCCGCGGGACGGUAAGCACAUGGCGUGCUACAAACCACCGGGACCUCCCACGAACCUUACACUGCUGUUCAUCGAUCAAACCAGUGCCAUUCUGUCGUGGAACGCUCCGCAGCGGGCAAUAGACGAACAGCUGGACAGCAAGUACCGGAGUGACAUCGUUUUUCGGAUAAAGUGUUCCGCGUGUACGUCGAACGUCGUGUUUAACCCGUCCACGGAGACGUUCAACGAUACCAAGCUGACGUUAACCAAUCUGGAACCGGUCACCACGUACACGGUUCAGAUCCACUCGCAGCACGGUGUGUCCUAUCUGAUCAGUCUGGAUACGGCGGGAGCUGGUGGCGGUGGUGGUGGUAGAUCCGGCUACGAAAACGGUAGCUCCGGAGGAUUCGGAGGAAAUCACUUUCACCAUGCCACCGAGGCACCACCGAACCAGGGCGGCGGUGGUCGUUCGUCGUCCGACCUGGACGACAUCAAGACGGAGUUUGCGGAGAUUACGUUCACAACCGAGUCGGCAAUUCUCAGCACGGUAUUCAAUGUCAAAAUUAUUUCGAUCACCAACAAAGAGGUCGAUCUGGUCUGGGACAAACCGAUGCACAGCGACUCACCCAUUGAGUACUACGAAGUCCGAUGGUUCCCCAAAUCGGAGGUGGAUGCCAUGAACAAAUCGGUGCUCAGCACCAAGGAAUCCAAGAUCCACAUCAACGAUCUGCAGGAGAACACCGAGUACGGCUUCCAGGUGCGUUGCAAAACUCUGAACGGCUGGGGAACCUUCAGCAACAUUGUGUACGCCCAGACACACCAGAGCGUCAGUCCAGGUUCCUUUUCAGUGUACGAUGACUCCUUCCAAAUGCGAAUUGUUGCUGGCUCAACAGUUGCAGUUGUGUUCAUCCUGGUCCUAGUGAUCGUUGUCACCGUACUAUUCCUUCGCUCCAAGAGCCACGAUGACAUCGACAAGAAGACCAACAAUCAUCUUCCACUGCCAUUGGAUUACGCCAGCAACGAAGUUCACGCAAUGGACACAACGCCGAUCGUGAAAACGAUGAAAAACAAUGGUGGUUCUUACGGGUAUUACCGACCACGUCGUAACAAUUUUGCAGUGACCACGCCAUUGUUCGGCACCAACCGGAGCUACGUCGACCCGCACACGUACGAGGAUCCGAACCAGGCGAUCCGCGAGUUUGCCCGGGAGAUCGAUGCCAGCUACAUCACGAUCGAGGCCAUCAUCGGGGGCGGCGAGUUCGGUGAUGUGUGCCGUGGACGGCUGAAGAUCCCGCCGAACUUCGUGCAGGAAAUUGACGUUGCCAUCAAGACGCUGAAGCCGGGCUCGUCGGAGAAGGCCCGGUGCGAUUUUCUCACCGAGGCCUCCAUCAUGGGCCAGUUCGAUCAUCCGAACGUGAUCUACCUGCAGGGCGUGGUGACCCGGUCCAACCCGGUGAUGAUCAUCACCGAGUACAUGGAGAACGGCAGCCUGGACACGUUCCUGCGGGCCAACGACGGCAAAUUCCAAACUUUGCAGCUGAUCGGAAUGCUGCGGGGGAUCGCCGCCGGUAUGUCCUACCUAAGCGACAUGAACUACGUCCACCGGGAUCUGGCGGCACGCAACGUCUUAGUUAAUUCCUCACUAGUGUGUAAGAUUGCCGAUUUCGGACUGUCGCGGGAGAUCGAGAACGCCAGUGAUGCGUACACGACGAGGGGAGGUAAAAUCCCUGUCCGUUGGACAGCGCCGGAGGCGAUAGCAUUUAGAAAAUUCACGUCCGCUUCGGACGUGUGGUCCUACGGCGUGGUGCUGUGGGAGGUGAUGUCGUACGGCGAGCGGCCGUACUGGAACUGGUCCAACCAGGAUGUGAUAAAGAGCAUCGAGAAAGGCUACCGGCUGCCGGCCCCGAUGGACUGCCCGGAGGCGCUGUACCAGUUGAUGCUGGACUGCUGGCAGAAGCAGCGAACCCACCGGCCAACGUUCUCCAGUAUCACGCAAACGCUAGACAACCUGGCCCGGCAGCCGCAGGUCCUGCUGACGACCCGUAACUCACCGGACAAUCCGGUCGCCCGGCUCGGUAACGAUCUGAGCGAUGAUAUGCUGGCAGCUCAGCAGCGAAGUAUGCUCGGUGGCAUGGGAACAACCGAGCGGAUACUGAACAACGGUGCCGGUGGUGGUGGUGUUGGUGGGCCCGUGGUUGGAAGUGUUCCGAGUGUUGGUGGUGCCGGCGGUAGUAGCGUGGGGAUGAGUGCGGCCAGCAUGGGAACACUCGGUUCCACGGCCGGUGGUUUGAGCAAUACCGGAACCAUGACCGGCACCGGACCCGGCAGCGGAGUGUUUAUCAGCACCGAACUGUGGCUGGAGAGUAUCAAGAUGUCGCGGUACUCGCAGCACUUCAAAGAAGCUGGACUGGUGACGGCUCAGCAGAUAUCCCGGCUAACCACUCAGCAGCUGUCCGACAUGGGCAUCACUCUGGUGGGGCACCAGAAAAAGAUUCUACACCAAGCACGACAGAUAGAUACCAUAAUAUAAAGCGUGGCAGCAACCCCACGGUGAACGGAUUGUAGGUGGUGGUGGUCUACGCCUGGUGGUGAAGGACUGGCUGCUGAUGAGCAUGACUUGUUUAAUUCCACAAUUUUACGCGACCAUAAACAACCACAACAACAACAACAAAAAUUAUACGCAUGACGACGCGAACGAACCUACUUUCCCUUCCAUCAUCGGAAAAUUGACACCCACGUUUCAAAAAAAAACAUCACAACAACAACACGAACAACAGCAAAUGGCGGCUUUUACUAUGUGAGUGAGUACUCUUCUACCUACCAGUCACCGAUCCCAGUUACAACAACAACAACAAAAUGGAUGCAUUUUUCGUUCGGCUCCGGGGAACCGUUCGAGUGUUUGUUUGUGAGUGAGUGUACCUACCUAAUUUUUACCUUAAUUUGUUAAGCUAAUUCCACGCUGAAAACAAAGUGAUGUCCGGUGAUGCCCGUUUCAGUGGCACACGAAAGUGAGACAGAUUUGUAAAUGUUUUAUGUUUUUUUUUAAAUUAAAUUCCAGUAAGCUAUGGUUUAAUUUUCUGAUUAACCACCAGCCAGCGAGAGAUUAGAGAUGCAUUUAUACAAAGUAGUUCUUUACGGCAGCGAGAGAGAGAAAGAGAUUUGUUAGAACCGUUCUUCUACAAACUAAUUUAUUAUCCAGUACACAGAGCUAGGCAGAAAAAAAAACACGGGGCAAAGUGAUCGUUACUUAAGCAAAAUCCCAGUACCAUGCAUUGCAAGUUUUGUUCAUUUUCGAUUUUUUCGUCGUAGAUCAGACAGCAAAUAAACCCCUCAUUUUACUAAGAGAUAAGUAAAACAAAACAAACUAUGUGAUCUUAUUUUUCUUUUGUACAAUAGUAACAAAGGUAGAGGAUACCCUAUUUGUUUAAAGUACAUUCAAUUACUUAAUAGAGAAAACAAACAGACAUCCAUUUUGAAACGAAACGAACUGAUAUUAAUCUUUACAAUGAUACGUGAUACGGGCAAAAAAAAAAGAAAACAAACAAGCAUUACGAAGACAGUGAGAAUCAGAAUCAUAUUGAGCGAGUGAGAGAGAGAAAGAAAACGAUAAAAACGAAAGUGACAGUGUCUGUGAAUGAGGAGAAGAGAAUCUUUUUUCUUUGUUUUUUUUUCUAACGUUUUCGUUGCUGUCCGUCGUAGUUCCCCCUGUCCCCUGUGUAUAGCUUUUAUUUUAAAUUUAGUUAUAUUGUUUAUUUUUUUUAACUUAAUCGGAAGAAAGUAGACACAAGAAAGUUAGCUUUAUUCUUUGAAAUAUUGCCAACCUUAUUUUGUGUAUAGGAAUAAAUACAAAAAGUGAGAUUAAUUUGAUUUUGGUCGUUCGGUUAUUUUUCUCGAUUAUGUUAUUGCAAUCAAAUAGUUUUGAAAGAAAAUGCCUUUAGUUUGUUGGCUUUAGUAGUUCCUCGUUUGCUAGACUUUUUAUUACUUAAUGAUUUUACUUCAUUCUAAAAUAUCGUACGGAUUUUUUUCACUCAUAAAACAAAUCCUCUUUUCAAAUUUGAAUUCAUUGAGAAAACUUUGAUCUAUUUUGAGAAUAACACCAAAUGAGUUAUCAUUUCUGGUAAAAAUGUAAACUCAAUAAAAGCUGAUUCGUGUUUGAUCUCCAUUCUAGAAGUUAGUUCCCAGAGUUUAAUAAAAGAUGGCGCCUGUACCAUGUGUCAUUAAAAGAUUGAGGAAAACGGCCAUUGUGAUGAAACGCAAAAGCAGUUUUCUUCGCAAUCGUUAGGCGCAAAUUCAAAGCAUUUUUCUAAAUAAACUGAUGUUUUAUUUCUAGCCGAUUCAAGUAAUAGCGGAGAAAACUGUCGAUUUUUAUUUCGGUUCUUAGCAUCAUGUUGAGCAUGACAAAAAUGAUUUUUGUUCUCUCAUAAAACUUUUUUUUGAUGACCUCUCAAAGGAAGCGGCGAAAGAAGCCAAACAAAAAUUGGAUAUAUAUUAUGGACCUGACAGUUUUAUUGUAGCAAAAACUCCAUUAUCGAUGAAGUCUGCAGUGGCAGUCCCUCCAAUGCGGUUACCCAGGACAAUGUAAAAAAAAAGGGAAUUGUGUUAGCCGAUCUGAAAAUGAAGCUGCAGAUGCUACAAGGAAUAGUACUGAGUGCACAUGUCAUAUACUCAUUCUUCUUCAAGAAAACGACUGAUAACAAAAGAACAUUCAAAUAUUCCGGAUUUACUACCCAGAGUUAAUCUAGAAAAUUUUCAGCACGGGAAGAUCCUUGAUCACAUCAGGAAUCGAACCCGAUAUCUUUACCAGUAUCAGACAGUAAUUCAGACCUUAGGCCCUUCCCGCCGGACCAGUUCAUCGCUAAAAACAUCAGCUACGAUGGAGUUACGAGACUGGGGAUGAACAGAGCCAAGCCCAAUUUUUCGGCGUGUUCCAGGAGAAAUGCCUUUCAAAUGAAUCGAAUUUGCCGGGAGAGCUGCUUCCAAGUGUGAGCACACUUUCCACGGAGCUUCUGUUUGAUGUAGACCCAGACGGUUUUUUUAUAGGAUUUGCAUCAGACGAUUGCGAAAGUGUCAUGGCGAUUGAGAUCGUUUUCUUAUUGCAAGAAGCAGAGCUAAUAAAAGUCAUUGAUUCAAAAUAGAUGAAAAUGACAAGAAAUUACUGUCACUUUCAGCUUCGCUUGCAAACUAUGAGAACGAAAUCCAUAUCCAGUCAAUGGCAUAAGCGGAACAGUAGUUUCAAAAUUGUGUUCUUUCUUUCAUUUGCUCUUUCAGUUAUUUACGGAUUUCAGUGAAAAUCCCAUAGUAUGCAGUGUCGAAAUUCAACCGAAGCUUUGAAAAUGACAGAAAAAGGUUUCACAAUGACUUUUACCUGUUACUGCUCGAAUUUAUAGUAGUUUUGACUUCCUGGGAUGUAAUUACUUCGAUUUGUCGAUUUUCAAUACAUCGAUGUAAGAAUGAGAAUUGAAAUUCUGCUGAUGCUCCCUGAAGACGUUAGUUUGGUUUCGUCUUGUCAUAGAGGAAAGCGUGACGAUGGCAAUUACUCUAUCUCAUUUUUUCAAUGAGAAACGAAAAUGCUUUGUCUCUCUUCUUUUGUUUUUUCUUCUUACGAAUGAGACAGUAAAAUAUUGAAAAUAAGGCUGCUGGAUUGGAUUCUUGCAUUGAGAAUGCGUGACAAUUGUAAUCUCUGGCAAGAAAUUCCAGGUCUCAUUUUUUCGUGAUAAAAAGUUAUUUGGCAGUCGAUAAUAGAGCUGUGAUAACAAGAUUUCGAUUGUCUUUUACGUAAGGAUAAACCAGGAAUGCCCGAAAGCGAGGUCCUGAUUCGUUUUUCGUCCUGUUUUGAUCACUUUUCCUAUCGAAUAACGAUUCGGAAGCUCAUCGACGGUUUUGACUCUUGAAAUUGUUGAACCAACUUCUCAAAUAUUUCUUCAAAACGCCAAAGGCACUGGUUCCUUCUACCGAUAAAAAAAUAAUAUCACACCUUCGAUCGCAAACUAUGAUAGGAUUUUACUUAACAGACUGCACAUCUCUCAGCACUAUUUAAAAAUUGUUCGAAGAAGUUAUAACACCGAUCUUCAACCACUGCAAGCAUCAUACCGUCGAUACUCAUCAUAGCUUCAUACCUAAACGCUCAACAACUACUAACCUAUUAUCCUCCACGUCUUAUAACUUAUGGUUUGGGAUCUCGAUGAACAAUUAACAUUCAAGCAACACAUCAGUUAUAUUGUAGCAGACCCUGUCAGCUUGGAGCGAAAUCAAUCUUCAGUUCAGCAACGCCAUCGCGCGGCAUCACAUUCAACCUAUCAUGUCAAUUGUAUGGAUGCGCAGUGCUGCUAUUUUGGCGCGCACGAAUUUGACAUUUCUCUCCCUUACUUCUAUGUACGAAAUUCGAUGCGGACUCGCCUGAGGGCGACAUGCUCGCAGAAAAGUAUGUUGCCAAUGAUUUGUUCGGGAAAUGUGCGAGCUGGAUAUCUUGUUAAUAUUAUGUCUUUGAUUGUAGCUAAAGCUUCCCAAAACCUAGAAUUCACAAUGAUGACGUCUAAGGACUUUACAUAUGUAUACUGUCUAAAGUUCCGCUCGCAUGUUCGUUCAACUUCGUGAAAUCGUUCAUUUGUUCGGUUUUCUCUAUGUCAAAUUUUCAACAACUGCCAAGUUAUUGGCAAUCUAACGCAAAACUCAUUCUACCUGACGCGCCGUGUAAGUUUCAUUAUUUGAACCUUUCUUAGGAUGACGAUUGAAUUUUACACGGGCUCUUACGGGUUUCUUGAGACGACUGAAUAGGAGUAAGUCACAGGGAGCCAAAUCAGGUGAAUUCGGUGGUUGCUGAAUGGUGUUCGUUUCGUUUUUAGCCAAAUGUUCACGGACAACAACGGACUACGGUCAUCCAUUCUUUGGUUUUGUUGAUGUUUUCGUCGGUUUUUUAUGUCGAUUGCCUACCGCUUCUCUCAUCAUCAUUCACCGACUCACGGCCACUUCUGAAACGUUCGUGCCACUAAUAAACGACUGUUUUCUUCAGAGUAUCGUUACCGAAACACUCUUCUAACAUUUGCUAUGUCUCGUUGUUGAAAAUUCAAUUCCAUUUUGAAAAUUGUACACAAUCGAGGACACGCUCAAUCGCAGAUGUACUCAAUACAGCAAACACUAAUUAUGUUCCAUUUUAAAUCAUGAGUAUUUUCAUUUGAAUAAUAUGAGAGAGACACAUUCAUGCAUAUUGUUUAAGACGGUUAAUUUGAUUGUUUCAUGAAUUUUUGAAGGAAUGAAAUAAUUUUUGUUCGCGAUUGGUGAACGGAUAUCUAUAAAAGUUUCAAAAUUAUUACAAUCCAAGAUGGCGGCUUCCGUUUUGUGGAUUUCAAAGAAAAGUUUGUAUUUUUGAGACGAGUUUGACAAGUAAUUUAUUGAAAUUUAUGUCAUACCAAUUCUUAACUGAAAUUUUAAAGUACUUUUCAAAUUUAAAUGGAUUUUUGAAUGAAUUGAAACAUUGCAUGUUUAAUAUCGUCGUAAUCGGUAUCUCGUGUAUUUCGCCUAAUUUUGGCACCAUUGCAAUUCUACUGGUUAAGCAUUGAAAGUUUGCAAAAUUCACAUAAUUUGUUAACUAGUAUGAGCGAAAGUGGAAAGAGCAUGUCAGUUUCAUUCGUAUUUACGUCAUCCGGUUAUGUCGCUGACAGUACCCACCCGUAUUGUUUAACAUCAUAUUUUCUCGUUUCUCAAAACAUGUUCCUUAGCCAAAAACGUAUUCUUUCUUCUUUUUUUAAUGUUUGUACAUAGCAUAAAAUCUGUGGAACAUGAAAUGGGAACGAAUUUUGUUCGCUUUGAGUGGAACACUUUUAGGCUGUGAACCAUUUCGCGGUUAAUUUUAACUUUUGGUUAAAAUCUGACACUCGAGUGGUUAAUUUGAUGUUGUCAAAAAUAACCCUGCUCGAGAGCAUGGUUAUUUUUGACAGAUCGAUAGUUAUUUUCCAACACUGAAAAAAAUGUUGCAAUGAAAAUUCUAAUACUAAUUCUUUAGUUGAAAUUAUUUCCAGUGGAAAAUAAACCCAAAUAACUUUUCGUCUGUCAAAUUUUGAAAUGGCCACAGUUUAAGUCAAAUUUAACUACUCGACACCAAAUAACCACUCAAGUGUCAGAUUUUAACCAAAAGUUACAAUCAACCGCGAAAUGGUUCACAGCCUUAUAACAAUGAAUUCAAAUAACGCCAAUCGUUCAGUUUUCACUAAUCCAAAGGGAACCGAGAAGAAAUCGCGUAAAUUCACGUCUUCUGAGAGCGAAAGAUCUGACACACAUCUAAUACAUUCUGAAAUAUUCUUAAAAGGUAUAUGCAAGUUUACAUGUUUGUUCGAAAACGCAUUACGUUCUUAUGAAUAGAGAGAGUGAGAUUUUUUGUUUUUGUGUAGAAAACAAGCUAAUUAUAUUUUCAAUUUCUCAUCCAUCGAUCGAAAUCCGAUUAACGUCAGUUUACGAAUUACGUUCGUUUGUUUUUUUUUCCAUUCGUAGCCAUCCAAAUUUUCAGUUCCGCUUGCUUUGAUGCCCGUUUUGACAGUUUUCAGUAACUGCAGUAAAUCCCGUUGGUUGUCAUUUUGUUUUAGUCAAAGCCAUGACCAAAGUUGUUUGUGAACCAAUAUUAGGUGGAGUUUAGCAUCACACAUGCUUAGCAUUCUGAAACUUCGCUUGAGAAAAACAUUCGUUCAAUUCCAUCAUACUCAAGCUAGGAGAUGACGAUACUCGUGGGUGUAUCUUUUUCUUCUAUUUAUGAGUAUAAAGAACGGAUGGAAGCGGAGCACACGUAAUACGCCAAUAUUUGAUAAGACUGUAAUUUAUAGCAAUACAUGAGGUAAACACUAGUGAAACACAAAACAACAUAAAUUCUUUAGAGAAACAAAAACAACACAAAAAAAAAAACGAACAAUCCAUGGAAAAGAAGGUUUUCGACAUAUUGUGAGAUUCAAAAAGCAAAAGCAAGAUGAAUGAACAAGUAGUAAAUUAAAACAGAAACUUUUUAUAUUAUCUAGUUAAACUGAAAGAAGAAAAAAACAAACAAACAAAAUGUGAAAAAAUUAGAGAUUCUCUCAUCAUCAUGUAAUAUAGUAGAACCGCAUAAAAUGUACGAAAAUGUCCAUCCAUUUCCGCUUGGUUACAGGCAGAAGAAAGCUUAUUUCGCCGCUAUUCAACGAAACCCCCUCUCUCAAUUCCAAUUUUUCCCCCGGAAAUUCCGAGUCGGUGUUAUAGAUAGAAGUUUAUAUAUAUUUGUAAGCUUUGUACCAUCAAAAAAAAAACGUGUGCAAAAUGAUGAACACUGCUGAUGGUGGUAUGUGUUGAGGCCAUAAAUAAGUGUAACACUGGGCUAAAUUAAAACUAAGAAACAGAAAAGAUAACAAAUUCGUUCUAAGUGUGUAAGUUGUUAUUGAUAUUAAAUCUGAUAAUGAAGAAACAAAAAUAACAAAUCAAACAAUGAACGUGUCUAAAUAGUAAUACUCUUUCGAGUUUCCCUUCCUCCCACACAGGUUAAAGAAAAAAAAAAACGGUGAUCACACGACAGCUACCGAAACGUGUAAAUAAAUAAGCGAGUCAACACAACAAUCACUCCAGAAUUCUACUGUCUGCAGCUUUGGAGGAGAAAGGUAACAGCAAUUUUACUGUUGGAAAACCUGACAAGAAAAAAAAAGAAAACAGGAGAAUAUUAUAUCUAGAUACAAAGUUUAUCCUUUUUUUUCGGGACGAAAAAGUAAAAAUAAACAAAUUCUAGUGUGAAAUCAAGCUAAACAAAUCCAGAAGACAAAAACAAAAAAAAAGCAAAUUAUUUAAUCCGUUUAAUCGUAACAUAGAAAUUGCAUUUUAUUAAUAUAAAUUUGUAUUUGCGUAAGCCCUGGUUAAAACAGAGCCAAUGCUAGAGCUUAAUAAACUCCUUUUGCAAGCGCGUACAUUUCGGGACAUUUCAGUUAUCUACCCGAAGCAAAAAAAAAUCUAUCUUCGAAUUACACAGAAACUCCACUACUGUUGCAUUGCCAUUGUUUUUCGUUUUUUUUUUUCAGUUGUAUCGCAAUCGCGAUUUUUCGUUCAACCGUUUUGCGUUUACUAGGCUGUAGGAAUCAUCGAAUUAUGACAUAAAAACAACAUUUUUUCUCUCGUAGAGGUGAUUGUGUACAAAUGUUGGAACGCUUCCGUUUGUAACGUAUUUGAUGAGUAUUUUACUGAAAGCACGAGAUCGAAACAGUAUUCGGUUUGUUUUUUAUUCCGGGUAUCCACUCGCACAUUAGCGGAAAGUAGAGACACAACUCAAACUGUCAGAAUUGAGCAAAACUAACCACGGAGAGAGAGAGAGAAAAACAGAGAGCGGAAAGAAAAAAUAAACCAAACAAACAAACACACAGAAACUACAAUAGCGCUACAAGCGAACAAUGAUAAGACUUCUUUUUAGCAAAACAAUUAAACAAAGAAAAAAACAAUAGAGAGUGUAAGGAAAAA